AUGGGUCCUCCGCCGGAUGGCGAUCCGGCCAGGGCCGUCAAGAAGUUCAGAACGACGAAGCGUUCAUUCGAAGACACGGCCCUCGCGUCUCCCGUCUUCGGAGAAGAUGUCAUGGACGAGGCUGAUAAUUCGACUUGGAUCAAUGAAGACAUCUUAGCAGAUCUAGACAGAGAGGUGGUAACUCCGGAAAACCCAUUGGGCCUUCCGGUGGUAAAGUUCUCCAAGGAGUUCCGUAAAGAACUUGUCAUGCCAUGGAUGAAUGCUCUCAAUCUCAAAUUCCUGGGAAAGCGCAUUGCGUUCAACAUACUACUUAGUAGACUCACAAAAAUGUGGAAUCUGGACGGACGAUUCGAGUUGAUCGAGCUCGGCCACAAUUGGUUCACCGCUCGUUUCGAUCGAGCCAGCGACUGCUUCAAGAUGUUGGUGGGCGGCCCUUAUAAGGUUUUCGACCAUUACGUCGUCCCACAACGCUGGAUUCCGAGGUUUGAUCCGGUAAAGGGAAAAAUUGAGAAGAUGGCUGUUUGGGUAAGGUUGCCGGGACUUCCCGUUGAAUGCUUUCGCGACGAUGCAAUUAAGCAAAUUCUGGAAUCGGUGGGGAAGCCUCUAAAGCUUGACCGCACAACCGAAGGUAUUGAAAAAGGGCGAUUCGCAAGAGCGGCGGUGGAGAUAGACCUUAAAAAACCACUAGCAUCCAUGGUCAUUGUUGAAGCAACAAGUGGAAUUCGAAGGCUUACAUACCAUUUGUUUCGACUGCGGGGAGGUUGGGCACCGGGAAAAGGACUGCCCGAAGAAGAUUCCGGUUGA